AAAAAAAGGCUUGUGGCGAUCGGAACGCGAGGUUCGUCGGGCACGUGUCGGAAUGUGGGUUUCGCACCACGCGCAAGGCUGAACGAACAGUUGGCGGGGCCGGGUCGGGUCGGUGUUGACAGGGCAAGACAGGCAGGCAGGCGGGCGGGCGGGCGGUGCCAGGGAUGGCUCGUUCAGGCAAGAGGGCCUUUGUUUGCAGGACUUUGUGGGCAAGCGCAGUCCAGUCGUUCCUGGCUGUCGGUUUUUCUGUUCUUUUCUUUCUUCUCGAGCUCGAUCAAGCCUUCUGUGAGUUGCAGCAUCGCUUGAUCGGGGGCCCCAUUGGCUGCGACAUGGCGGACGGUGGAAAAUCAAUGCAGCCGCUGGGGGCCGUGCUUCUCAGCUCCCAGCGCUGGAGGCGAUAGCGUCCCGUCCCACCCUCCCAUCCAUUAUCGACUG